AUGUCAGAUGACGACUGUCUUAUAUUCUGAAUCAGCUGUUUAUUAUUUUUAUUUUUUAUUUACUGAAGCAAGAUUUCACGUGUUAAUUAAUUUUAACAUAAACAAUUCAACUAUGGAAGACAUUGAACAUUUUUUGGAGAUGAUUGGAACUGGUACAAGGUCAAUUGAUGAUCCACUAUUUGAUGAUUCACAUAAAUUUUGCAAAGUUUUUCAACGUACUGGUGUUACUAUUGAAGAUGAUGAAGAUUUGUGUCAUCCAGUAAUGAAGGAAUUUCCUUGUAAUGUAUCAGGUUGUUCAGCAGUAUUUCAUACACUUGUUGAUUUUGAAAUUCAUUACAAUGGAGCACAUCGUUUUACAUGUCUUGAAUGUGGAAAAAUAAAAUCAAAUGCAAGACUUUUAGAAAUUCAUAUUCAAGAAUUACACAAUUGUUUUUUUAAAUUACUUGCUGAAAAAAAACCAAUGUAUCAAUGUUUUGUAUCUGAGUGUGAAGAAUUAUUUUUAAAUCCAAAUCAACGUAAAGAACAUUGUAAAAAAAUACACAAAUUUCCAAAAAAUUAUCGUUAUGAUGAAACAUCAAGAUAUCAAAAACAAAAACAAUCAAAAAUUGAUAAUAAAAAAAAAUUAGAUAAUUCAAUGGAAAUUGAUGAACCCAAGAUGAAUAUUAAAAAUAAUAUUACAAAAGAAACUAGAAUUAAAUUAGAUAAAAAUCAAAGAGCUAAAACAUUUAUUCCAAAGAUGAAAAAUACAACAAAUGUAUCUCAAGUUGUUGAUGAUAAUAAUAUUACUAAUAAUGUGAUGAUAGAAAAACCAAUAAUUAAUAAAUCACUUGUUUUUAUUCCUCGACAAUUGACACAAAAAUCAUACUCAAAAUUAUUAACUAAAAAUAAAAAAAUGGAGAGAAAUGUACUUGAGACUGAUAAUAUGAUGGAAUUAGCUGAUGCACUACCUUCAUAAAUAAAUAAUUAAAAAUAUGAAAAUCAAUUUUAAUGACAAUUAACAUAAAAUUAAUGGAAAUCUAUUUUAAU